AUGAAGUUGGUAGUGUUCAUAUCGAUUUGCAUUGCUGGUAGUUCAGGUUACUCUACCCGAGUUAUCAAUGGAACCCAAGUUACAUUAGGUGAAUUUCCUUACAUCGUGUCGAUUCAAAUUUUUGGAAGACACAACUGUGAUGGGUCCAUUUUAGACGCAACGCACAUUUUGACAGCUGCUCAUUGUGUACAAGGAUUUGAAUCACAUGAAUUUUAUAUUCAAUAUGGCGUUGUGGAUCUAAAGGAGACUAGAAACAAGAUCAAAGUAUCAGACAGGGUAUACCACGCUGGUUUUAAGAGAACUUACCUUUUCUUUGACAUUGCUAUAUUAACAUUAGAAAAAUCUAUUAAAUUUGAUGUCUAUGCCCAACCCGUACAAUUAUCUGAACCAUGGGCACUCACCCCUGAAAAUGCUCCGCCUGUUUUAGCAGGUUGGGUUUAUCAACAAACAGAUGGAAUUACUAGCCGAUAUUUGAUGAAAGUUGAUUUAACUGUAUUGGAAGAUGAUGUCUAUGAAGCCACCUAUACUAAUUAUAAGAAGCCAACGAACAGUGAAAUUCAGUUGUGCUCUGGUGUUGCACGACGGGUCCAAAUUGGCAUCGUUUCGUGGUCACGGAAACCAUGCACCAAGAAAGGUUUGCUUGGAGUAUUCACCAAAGUAUCGAUGUAUCUUAGAUGGAUCAACAAGCAAAUUCAAAACUCUAAUAAAUAA